AUGAGUUUUAACAUGACGACAGUUCCGUCGCUAGCACGCUCAGACUGGGAGCUGCUGGAAUGUAACCACACAGAGGCUUGGGACUGGGUCUAUUCCAUACAGCCAGCUUACAUGUCUAUCAUCUGUGUGCUGGGCGCAUUUGGCAAUGCCUUUGUCCUUUCCGUGUUCUGCAUUCAGAAAGGCCAUUGCUCUGUGGCGGACAUCUAUCUGGGAAACCUUGCUGCCGCUGACCUCCUCAUGGUGUGUUGCCUUCCCUUCUGGGUCUUCACUAUAAUCCACAAGUUCAACUGGUACUUUGGGCAGCCCAUGUGCCAAGUGGUCAGCCUCAUAAUUGGAAUGAACUACUACUGCAGCGUGCUGUUCCUCACGCUGGUCAGCCUGGACCGGUACCUAGUUCUGACGAGGCCCAUGUCUGUGGGGAGACGGAAAGGCACCACCCAUGCCAAGGCUAUCUGUGUGGCUAUUUGGCUCACAGGCUUUUUGCUCAGUUUUCCAGCCUUGUUAUUUCGCUCAGUGCAGUUUUUCCCUGACAUUGAGGUGGAAGCGUGCUACAUGGCUUACCCUCAUGACGGGUGGAGGCUGCGUUACAACAUGACCGUCAAUGUGGUGGGUUUCCUGAUCCCUGUACCCCUUGUUUUUUACUGCAGUUACCAUAUCAUUACAAUUCUGAGUGACAAACAGGUGAGGAGGUGUUCAGCUGUGAAAACAGAGAGGAAGGCUGCAGUCUUGGUGCUUGUUGUCCUGUUCGUCUUCAUUCUCUGCUGGCUGCCUUUUCAGAUUUUCAUGUUCCUGGACACACUUUAUUAUUUUAACGUUAUCUCUGGUUGUGUGUGGAUACAUGGUCUGGACAUAGGUACGCAGCUCUCUACUUACCUUGGUUAUAGCAACAGCUCUCUCAACCCUUUUCUCUAUGUGAUAGUAGGAAAACACUUUAGGCAAAGAGCUAAAGGAGUAUUUCUACAGAUUCUGAACUGGGGGGGCUGGGGUGUCUAUCUAGCUCAUAAAAUCAACUUCAGCGUAAAAUAUACAGAGUGCACGAGAGUGUAA